AUGCCCCAAAGCCAGCGAAGAGGACCAUGGGUUCCAGAGGAAGACCAAACAUUACUGCAGCUGGUCAGCAGUCAGGGACCAAACAACUGGGUCCGUAUCUCACAACACAUGAAGUACCGGUCACCAAAGCAAUGCAGAGAACGAUUCCACCAGAACCUCAAGCCUACGCUCAACCACGACCCCAUCUCGGCUGAGGAAGGGCUCAUAAUCGAACGACUGGUGAGCGAGAUGGGCAAGCGGUGGGCAGAGAUCGCCAGGAGACUCGGCAACCGGAGUGACAACGCCGUAAAGAACUGGUGGAACGGCAGCGUGAACCGAAAGCGUAGAGGCAUGGCGGUCGGCGGCGGUGCUGCCUCGCAUUCUCCAUCUUCCUCUUCUCCCUCAAGGACACCAAACGGGCGGGUCGAACCCCCAUACCAGAAGGCAUCUUCCAGGUCUCCCCCUGCACAGUACCGGUGUCCACGCUCGGAGCACGCAAUCUACGGCCAAUCUUCUCACAUGGACAGGCAACGAUCGUGGACUUCAAUCUCAGACUAUCAGGCCCAGCAGCAGCAUCAGCAGGACGAGAGGGAUUACCACCAGUCGCGCAUUCAUUCGCCUCGUCCACUGGAGUACCGCUCUUCGCUAUAUGACCUGCCCAAGGAUAACGUGAACAACGCAAGGUGGCAGCAGUGUAACUCACAACCACAGUCACCGGCCACCGGACGACGGCUUCUGACUCCUAUCUUCACCACGCGCAACUCAAACCAAUCAACCGACUCGGCCAUGACAUCGCCUGCAUUCUCGGAGCUCUCUCACGCUCCGUCUCUCGGUGGCCCUCCAUCCAUGGUCUCGGACCACAACUCGGUCGCCUCCGCCUCGCCAAAGACAGUCACCUCCCCAUCUGCACUCACUACCCCGGUUGAAAUCCACCACAGCCACCAUCGUUCCUCAUCAUCUGCAUCUUCCUACGACGAAAGACGGCGAGGCAGUGCCCCGUUGAUAUCGUCUUUCGCUAAACCACACCAUUCAACCGACAAUCUUCUCUACCAGCCACACCCAAUACAAUCAUCGCUACGGCACCACCAGCACUCUAUAUCUGCACCACAUAAUCAGCUACCCCCAAUUUCGGAUCUUGAAAAGCCUUCUUCUACUUCGCGUGAUUCUCGGAUGGGUCUCCAAGCAUUGCUCAACUAA